AUGGGACUCUGGGAAGAUAAGAUAGGUAGCAAAAUGCUGAGGAAUGACCAUGAGUGGCUGAAUGUGUUAACAAACUACAGUAAAGCAACGACAAUCAAGGUGUACGCUCGGUGUUUGCGGCCUGACAUAGAGUACAAAACUCUGGGCAUCACUUACCAGACGACAUGCCGAGAGGUGGUGCAAUCGCUUCUCAACAAAUACCGGAUGAGACAUCGGGACCCCAACCUCUUCUAUCUCACCAUGGAAGUCACUGUCAGGAAAGCAGGUGUCCGAACUGUGCUGGUGUUGGAUGAAGAAGCCAGACCAGCAGCAUUACAGUCUUGUCAACCUAGAGGAGACUCCAGAUUUGCUCUACAGACCAGGAAAGGAGGGCUUGUCAAGAUCUAUGACAGUGCUUUGAUGCCUGGAUCUCAGUACAAAUCGCUUCUGAUCUCGUUCAGAACGACUGUAGACGAGCUGAUCCAGAUCCUAUUGAACUGCUACAACAGCAACGAGCGAGUUGAACAGUUCUCACUCUACGAGGUAUGUAAGAGCCAAGAAUCGCAACGUAAGCUUCACCCAGACGACAGACCUCUGGAGGUACAACAAAGAUGGCUGCCUGUACACGAGUACCACUUUCUCAUCAGACGCAACAUCGACUACAAGUCUCGAAGCACCAGAGCCAAGGUAGUCGUACCUUGGACUCCAAGCCUCUCUCUGCCUUGCACCCCUCGGCAGUCACUGUCUCUCUCAUCUCCCAACACUUCUCACUCCCACUCUCACGAGUACGAGAACAACUACUUCUACAUCUAAUCAGUCAUGUUCGAGAAUCAUCUAGUUACGAUUGGCUGUGAGGGAGUGAAACAAAGGGAGGAAUGGUUUCAUAGCCACGAGUUGAGUUUGAGUUUGAGCACCAAGGUUCAAUGUUCUGAGUUCCUGUUACGUUAUCAAUAUCAAGACUUUAUUCAUGCACCAUACUUAGACAUACUUACUACAUUGUGUAUUGACUAUCCAAACUCUUAUAGUUCAUUGUAUUUAUCAUUAAUAAUUAUUUUAGCGACUAUAGUUGUGGUGGUUUAAUAUUUGUCACAUAACUUGAUGUUGGUAGUCUUAUUCACUUCGGCAGACAAGUUGAGAAAUUGCGUUGAAAAUUUCAAUGGAUUAUUAUUUUAAAUUUGCAUGUGCAGUUCAUUAAUAAUGCACAUGUUACUGUAAGGUCAGAUAUACUAUUUGUAAUUUUGAAAACAAAAAUUGUUAGGUUACAAUUACAAAUUUAAACAAUAUUAUAUGAGUGUUAAAAAUAAGGGAAUCAUAUUGUGUGUGAGUGUUUUGUCAAAUAUUUUGUUAUUUUUGUAAAACUAGAUUGUGUAAAUAUUGUAUAUCUUUAUUUCUGUUGCUACGAACCCAAAGAGAGAUUUAUUGAGAAAAAUUUUAAUUUAUUAUUCAACCUAUGUAUAAAUUUGUGGAUAGAACUAAUGUUACAUUCUUAACCUUUUUCAUACUUUACAUAUCAUUUGCUUUUUGCGUUUUUAGUUUCUUUUGAAAGCUAUUUUUCUUUGGCAUGUUGACAUAAAAUAGUAAAUCUCAAUAAUAACUUGCUUUUGUUUAAUUAUAAUCCAAUUCCAUUUUUGAAUUCUAAGAAAUUGAAAGUUGUAUUGGAAGUUGUGUAACUGUUCACUUUAUAUAUAAUUUUGCGUGCAAUGAAAAAAAUUAAAUUCAUAAUAAUUUUAUUUAGUUACCAGUCUUGAUUGAACGAGACCAAUUUAUGUGUGUUGUUAUUGACUGAACCUUAACACUGUUUAAGGCCUACCAUGACAUAAUAAUAACCUUAAGUGUAUUUAAAUGUUUAUAUUGUAUUAUUGUAUGUAAAUAAUAAGUUUAGUAUGUGUUUUGUUAAUUUUAUUUUUAAUGGAUAGUAUAAGCGUCUGAACUUGAUGCUUCUUAUAGACAAUCCAAAAUGUCUUUUUUGUCUGCUCCAUUUCAUCAGUGUUUGAUUAUAAUAAUUUUGGUGUGUCUGCACUGUCAUUUUCAAUCUAUUUUUGGUGCAGAAAAUAUAUAUGUAAUACAUAUAUUGUACACUUUAACUGAAGUUAGUGUAAUUACUAAGUUCAAUAAUAAAAAAAAAACUUAGGCCUAGUUGUGUUUGGAAAAGAUAUUCUUAAAGUUUAAGAAGUGAAGUGUUUGUAAAUCUACUCACAAUUUGAAUAAAGUUACAUUGUUGGAUUAUACUUUUGUUUGGGCUUAUAUCAAAUGAUCAGAUACUUGGUUCAAUUUUUAAUUGUGAAAUAGUUGGAUAAAAAGUUAAACUUAAACACAACUUAAAAAGGUAGGUAUAAACUUAUUGAAAUUAAACGAAAAGAAAUUGUGUGUAGCUAUUAAAAAGUCAAUUUACUUGUUUAUAUUGGUGAGAUACAUUUUAUUUACAAUGUAGCUGUGCUAUAUCACAUAAAAUGUUAUUUAAAAGAUUUUAAAUUAUGCAAUAUUGUUAAAAUGAGAACUAUUUAAAUUAGUUUAAGUUAUGUUUUUAUACCAAAGAUACUACUUUAUUCUAAGCAGCCGAAUCAGUUUGCUUUUUCUUGUGAAUACUAUUUUGUAUUAAAUAAAUGUAUG